AUGGCCGCGGGAAGUGGUGCUGCUGGUAGGCGCGCGCGCUCCAAGAGCGCGGCCGAUUCCGGCUUCUUGGGGCUCAGGCCCACCUCGGUGGACCCGGGUCUGAGGCGGCGGCGACGAGGCCCGCGAAAUAGGAAGCGGGGCUGGCGGCGGCUGGCGCAGGAGCCGCUGGGGCUGGAGGUGGAUCAGUUCCUGGAGGACGUGCGGCUGCAGGAGCGCACCACCGGGGGCUUGGUGGCAGAGGCGCCCGAUGAGAAACUCUUCUUUGUGGACACCGGCCCCAAGGAGAAAGGCCUGAAGAAGAGGGCGAAAGGUGGGAAGAAGUCGUUGCGUCUCAAGAAGCCCCUCCGGAUCGACCGCACCCUUGAGAAUACAUCCUCGAUCCCCGUCCCCAAAGAUGUCCUCGCCCACCAGGUCCCCAACGCCAAAAAACUCAGGCGGAAGCAGCAGCUAUGGGAGAGGCUGGCCAAGCAAGGCGAGCUGCCCCGAGAAGUGCGGAGGACCCAGGCCCGGCUCUGCCAGCCCCCAACUGACAAGGCCAAGCCUGGGCUCCCGGACACCGCCGAGCGGCCCUUCUAUGACCUCUGGGCCCCUGACAACCCUCUGGACCGGCCGCUGGUUGGCCAGGAUACCUUCUUCCUAGAGCAGACCAAGAAGAAAGGCAUCAAGCGACCUGCGCGACUCCUCACCAAGCCCUCCCAACUGCCUGCCCUGGAGGUGACGCCGGCUGGAGCCUCCUACAACCCGACCUUUGAGGACCACCAGGCUCUGCUCCAGGCAGCCCAUGAAGUGGAGCUGCAGCGGCAGAAGGGAGAAGAGAAGCUGGAGAGGCAGUUGGCUCUGCCCACUGCUGACCAGGCUGCCACCCAGGAGUCCACAUUCCGAGAGAUGUGUGAGGGACUGCUGGAGGAGUCAGAUGCGGAUGGGGAGCCAGGGGAGAGCCAGGGGCCCGAGACCACAGGAGACCAGGCCUGGCCCAGGCCCACCCGCCUGGCCCCGAACCAGAAGAAGACAGAGCAGCAACGACGUCGGGAGAAGGCUGCUCGGAGCCUGCGGGCAAAGCGGGCUGCGCUGCGGGCCGCUCAGCUCAGGCACCAGGAGCUCUUCCGGCUGCGGGGGAUCAAGGUCCAGGUGGCCCAGCGGCUGACAGAGUUGGCCCGGCGGCGGGACAGGCGGCAGGCCCAGAGACUGGCUGAUGCAGACAAGCCCCGCAGGCUGGGGCGACUCAAGUACCAGGACCCGGACAUUGAUGUGCAACUGACCUCAGAGCUGGCAGACUCCCUCCGGACCCUGAAGCCCGAGGGUAACAUCCUCCGGGACCGAUUCAAGAGCUUCCAGAAAAGGAACAUGAUUGAGCCGAGGGAGAGAGCCAAAUUCAAGCGCAAGUACAAAGUCAAGUUGGUGGAGAAGCGUGCAUUCCGAGAGAUCCAGUGA